GUUUUAGACAAUCAGUAUCAACAUUUGAUCUCUUGGAGUUAUACAGGAUCUUCUUUUAUUGUAUGUAAUAUUAUGGAAUUCUCUCGUGAUGUCUUACCCAAACAUUUUAAACAUAAUAACUUUUCAAGUUUUGUCCGUCAAUUGAAUAUGUAUGGAUUCCACAAAGUGAACAAGUCACCAAGAGGUCAUCGUACACUAGCCGAGAAUCAGAUUUGGGAGUUCUCUCAUCAAAAGUUUUUACGUGGAAGACCUGAAUUAUUGGAUGAUAUCAAACGAAAAACCAUGGAAACAUCUGACAAUCAACAACGUUUGGCGAAUGGUGAUAUUCAAGCACAUAUGGACAUGAUUCAAACUUCUCAAUCUGAUAUGAUGCAACAACUCUCAAGCUUGUUUGAAAACUUUAAUCAUGUGGUGAAGGAACUCAAUGAUACAAGAAGGAAACAAGAAUCUCAAGAUCAUUUACUACGUAACAUGAUGCAGUAUAUUUGUCACCAAAACAAUGGACAAUUACCUCCAGAAUUGAAUAUGGAAUCAUUUCAUGUCAGUAAUGUAGUCAAAACUGAAAAACAAACACCAUCUAUAUUCGUUACAUCACAUCAACCUAGU